AUGAGUGUCGUUGAAAAAUUCAUUCAACAGCUUGUUGUCUUUGAUAUUUUUGUUAUGCUGUCAGUCAACUGUGUUGUUGUGUUCAGUUCACGAGUUGGUGAUGAGAAUGUCAAGUGCCUCCAUACAGAGAAAGAAGCUCUUCUUACAUUCAAAAGGGAGCUGUUGGACGUGGAUGGACGACUUUCUUCUUGGGGAAAUGAAGGAUUUAGUCAAGAUUGUUGCUCAUGGAGAGGUGUCAGUUGUGACAAUCAAACUGGUAAUGUCAUUGGACUCGAUCUUCGAGGCCCUUCCGGUCCCAAUGCAUCCGUUGCCAUCGCGCCAUUGACAGGUAAGAUAAGUCCUGCCUUGCAAGAAUUGAAGCAACUGAAGUAUUUGGAUAUUAGUUACAACCGAAUUUCAGGAGGCAUACCCGACUUUUUUGCUUCUUUGAGUAAGUUGGAAUACCUCAACUUAUCUUGUGUUGGUGAUGAAUUUACAACAAUUCCUAUCAAUCUUGGCAAUCUUUCUAGCUUAAACACUCUUGAUUUGAGCUAUAAUGGUUUCCUAUCAGUGAAUAACCUCGAGUGGAUUUUGCAUCUUCGUCAAUUGAGAUACCUUGCUAUAGGUUAUGUUAAUAAUCUGAAUAAUUCUGUGUAUACCUGGCUGUUUAACUUGAGCAAUCUGACUCACCUUGAUCUCUCUGGUAAUGCUUUAUAUGGUUCAUUUCCUGAUGCUUUUUGGAAUAUGAAAUCCCUACAACACCUUGAUCUGUCUCGGAAUGCACUUGGAGGUGGCUUCCCUAGAUGCCUUGGUAGCAGUAGUAAUUUGAAGUUGUUCCGACUGUCAGCUAACAAUCUAGACGGGCAGCUACCUGAGAUAAUGAGAAACUUGUCAUGCGUGUCAGGUUCUCUGGAGUACCUGAACCUAGAAGAGAAUCACAUUGGUGGUUCACUAACUGAUAAUGUAGCAAACUUUGCAUCUUUGAGAGAGCUGAGGCUCGGACGUAAUAAGUUGAAUGAAUACUUCCCCGGAGUUGUUGGAAAACUUCCAAGUCUUGUUAUAUUGGAUUUAUCUUGGAACAGAAUAGAGGGAUCAGUCCCUGAUCUUUCUCUAUUAUCGUCGUUGAGGGAACUAUAUCUUUCCCAUAAUCAGUUAACUGGCUUAACAGAGAGUUUUGGACGCCUUUCCAAACUUGAGAAGCUGUACCUUGACUUCAAUCAGCUUGAAGGCACAAUAUCUGCAGCUCAUCUGUUCAACCUCUCUCAAUUACGUGAGUUGGACCUCUCGUAUAAUGCUCAACUACAUAUUCGUGUCAGUUCAGAUUGGAUCCCCCCUUUUCAACUGGAUCUCAUUCGUUUUGCCCACUGCAAGUUGGGUCCUGAAUUCCCAAACUGGCUGCUGAAUCAGAAAAAUAUUUCUGAGCUUGAUUUUUCAGCCUCUGGAAUUUUGGGCGACGUUCCUAGUUGGUUCUGGGAUCAGUUGCCUCGAGUGAGCUUCUUAAACCUUUCUUACAAUGAUAUUGCAGGAAAUAUACCAGAUCUCUCGAACAAAAUGAGUGAUCUUCUUUGCAUAGAUUUGGCUACAAACAAAUUCAGCGGUCCAGUACCGCAAAUUCCUACUGGUGUUGUAACAAUUGAUCUCUCCAGUAAUAUGUUUUCUGGUACCAUCUCCUUCAUUUGUGACAAUUUUGAUUACUUGGGAUAUCUUGACCUCUCAGAUAACAGGCUGUCUGGAGAGCUUCCUCAAUGCUGGACGCUUAGAACUAUAGUGCAUCUUAAUUUAGGGAACAAUAACUUUUUCGGGAAGAUUCCUAAUUCAAUAGGCUCAUUGCAGACAAUGGGAAUGCUGCACCUUCAAAAUAAUCAUUUGUCAGGAGAACUACCUCGGUCCCUGGCAAACUGCAAAAAGUUGAGGGUUAUAGACGUUGGGUCUAACAAUUUGUCUGGUAAAAUUCCAGCAUGGAUUGGGAAUAACAUAUCUGAUAUCAUUAUUAUUAUCUUAAGAUCCAACAGGUUUAGUGGAAGCAUACCUUCAAGCAUAUGCCAGUUAACGAAACUUCAAAUCUUGGACUUAUCUGACAAUAAGAUAUCUGGGACCAUACCAAAAUGUAUCAACAACCUGGCUGCAAUGACUGAAGAAGAGAGCAUAAUGCAACAAAUCAAGAGUUGGUAUUUUCAGGUCAACGAUGAAGGUGAUGUCACAAUAAAUGCCUCAUAUGAUGAGACGGCAGUUUUGACGUGGAAGGGAAGACAAUUUGAAUACAGCAGCAUACUUGGUAUGGUGAAGAGCAUUGAUCUUUCAAGCAACAACUUGGUUGGAGAAAUCCCUAUUGAAAUUACAUCUCUUGUUGGGUUGCAUGGUUUGAACCUGUCGAGGAACAAUUUAACCGGCAACAUCCCUCUGAGGAUUGGUCAAAUGAGGGCACUAAAUUUCCUAGACUUGAACAGAAAUGAUCUUACAGGAGAAAUUCCUGCUGGCCUUUCACAGUUAAGUCACCUGGGAGUCUUGAACUUGUCAUAUAACAACUUGUCUGGCCGAAUCCCUUUAGGCGAACAAUUACUGACUUUCGAUAACAGAUCCUACAUCGGGAAUGAUGGGCUUUGUGGCCGUCCACUAACAGAAGCUUGCUCUCUGGAGGAACUGCCUCAAGAUCCAUCGUUGAUUGAUGAGGACGAGUUUAUAACUGAAGAAUUUUACAUCAGUAUGGGAAUCAGCUUUCUUUCUGCAUUUUUGGUAGUCUCAGCUCUGAUCUUAAAUAAAAGGUGGACUUAUGGACCACUCAGAUACUUGGAAGUCAAUAAUGUAACAUCACACAGCGCAAUCUUGAGUUCCUGA